AUGGUGUGGGCAGCCUCAGCCCCGGCUGCCAUCGCCCUCUGCCUCCGUGUCUCCACAAACCUGGUGAAAGCUGCAGUGGCUGCCCUGGUCAUUGGAGCUGUCCUGUCCACUGCAGAGCAGCACCCUGGGUGGAGCAGGAGCCUCCCCCGAGCAGCUUCAUCUCAUCCCAGGCUGAAGCGGAGCACGGACCGUGAGGGGGACACACCAUCUGCCUGACACAACUCCUCACCCACAGGCUGCCUCUCCAAGCCCAUCACCACCACCACCAUCGCCACGAACCCCCUGUUAUUCCUGGAUUACAGCCCUGAGGAGUUCAACCUGUGCCUGAGCAAUGAUGUCUUAAUUGAAAACCUGGAGGCUCUGCUGGACAUGCCAUUCACCGUGGACUACUACAAGGUCAUGAAAGAAAAGGUGGACCAGGUUUACCCGUCAGGGAUCCCGGAGGAGCAGCUGAGGCGCCUGGGACUGCUGGCCUGCUGGUACUCGGAGGAGGAGAUCAGUCAGUGGUCAGUGACAUCCAAUGACACACUGGCAGCCCUGCUCAGCUCCUCGGGAGGGUGCUGGGAUGAUUCCCAGGUGCAGCAGCUGCUCAGCAGGUACCUGACCCUGGGGGGCACCUUGACCGGGCCCCUGCUCCAGGCCUUUGGGGGCAGCCGCCUGUGCAACCUGCGGGAGGAGCAGAUGGAGCAAAUCCCCGCCCAAGCAAUCGGGACUGCUGGGCAGUUAAACAUUUCUGCCUGCUCCCAAGCCAAGAAGGAGCUGCUCUACAGGAAGGCUCGGGAGGCCUUUGCUGACCUGGCCGACACCCCCAGCGUGUAUUACUGCCGGCUCCGGCCAUACCUGGGUGGAGCUCCAGCAGAGGACCUGAAAGACUUGGCCAAUUCUGGUGUGGCCAUAGACAUGGAUAUGGACACCUUCCUGUCCCUAAAUCCUGAGGAACUGCAGAAACUCAGUGUCAUGGACGUGAAAAAUUUGCUCGGGGAAAACCUCCCUGAGCUGAAGAAAGCUGAGAACGAGCCCUUGGUGAUGGGCUGGGUGGAGAGACAGUUCCAGAGGGAGCUGGACCGUGUCCUGGGAAUCGGCCUGCAGGGAGGGAUGGAGGACCCCACGGGGACAACCACCCCUGCUGCCCCCACCACAGCCAGUGUCACCUCCACUGCCACCAGCCCUGUGCCCACCACCCUCCCAACUGUCCCCACCUGUCCUUGCCCCACCACCCCAGACAUUUUCACCCCUACAGCCACUGUCCCCACCCCUCCUUACUCCACUACCCCAGACAGUGUCACCUCCAGAGCCACUGUCCCCACUUCCAUCACCCUCCCUGCUGUCUCCACCCCUCCUCAUCCCACCACUCCAGCCGGUGCCACCUCCACUGGCACUGGCCCUGUGCCCACCACCCUCCCCACUGUCCCCACCCCUGUUGCCACUACCACCCCCCUGACCACCCAGUCAAGUACAGUCCCCCUCCAGACCCCCACCCCGAGUGCUAUCAGCCCAACCCCCCUAAACAACAGUCCCCCCUCCACUGAGAGUCCCCCUGCCACCCCCACUGCCACCUCCACUGCCCAUCCUACUCUGACCACCACCUCCAUUGCCCCCCCAUGUUCCACCCACCAGUCUCCCACCACAAAUAAGGCCACCCCAUCUCCUGUCCCACUCCUCCCCACCACCCUGGCCCCUGUCAACCCCAACACCACCUCUCCCAGCUCUGCCCCAGUCCCUGCUGUCACCUCCAGGGCCACCACCAGCACCAGUGUUGGCACUGACCCGGCUGGUACCACCCACAGCACCAGCUCCCCUCUGGUGCCCGUGAACACCCCAGCACCCGUGGGGACCACCCACCCUGCUCCUGCCACCCACAGCACUGUCAUCCCUGGCACCCACAGUGCUGCCAGAUUCCCCAGCCCUUCCUCCACCACCACCAGCAGUGAGGUCACCAAACCAACCCCUGGAGCUGUGCCGGAGUCACCACGACCAACAUCCAAUGGACACAUCAACCUGCAGCCCAAGCCUGAUUCAGGACCCAGACUGUCCUCCUGCCUCAUCCACGUGCUGGCUGUCACCGUGGGGACCUUGCUGCUGCAGGGGCUGCUCUGA